AUGGAGUAUGUUGAGGGUUUUGACGCAGUACAGGAAAGAAGCCUUAGAUCACGAAAGCGAGCUAACCAAAAGCUUUCGGAGACGGAGAAGUGGAGGCGAAUUUUCAAUAUUCUGUUCCCGCACGUGCUGAAUGAUGAUAUCCCGUCUCCAUUCUAUGACUACAGCCAAGCGUCACAGAAGGAGGAUGAAUGCCAUCCUGAAUCGGUCUAUCUGGCACAUUGCGAACAGUACAUACUGAGGGAAGUGCCGCAGCGUCUCCGACAAGCUUUGGGGAGAGAGCUAGACCGAGACAUAAACAUUGUGGAGGAGAACCUGAGGCGAAGAGCCGGCGACUGGGUGAAGACUCUAUUGGAGCAGGCCUUCCAAGAACUGAGGCAAAUCCGGCUCCUGAGCAGCCCAGCUCAACACCCUGAAGCUGACAACGAUAUGCCUGCACCAGCUGAAGGACCCCAGCUUCCUAUUUCAGAACUGCCUAGCGUUGAAGGUGCUAAUCUACCUUUUGAGGGAGGAGGUGGAUCGUGGCUAGAUACUUUCGACUUUGACUCUAUUGAUCCAUCUUCCAUCUUUGGAGAACUACAAUCCUCGUUUGAUAGUGGCGGGUUGGUUGAAGAUCUAUUGAAGUCGGGGGAGGAUGGUGCUGUCGAGGCUACAAAACAGUCUGAUUCUGGAUAUGUAUCAAAUAGUCCUGGAUAA